AUGCAUCCUCCUCCAAAGCCGCUGCUCCUCCUCGCGGUGCUGCUCGCCGCCUCACCGCAUGCGCUGGCGGAGCAGCCACCGGCGGCAGCCGCCUGCCCGCCGCAGGAGCGGGACGCGCUGCUGGCCUUCAAGCAAGGGAUCACCAUCAGCAGCGACGCCGCCGGCCUCCUCGCCUCAUGGCGCGAAGACGACUGCUGCCGGUGGAGGGGCGUCCGGUGCAGCAACCGGACCGGCCAUGUCGUCGCGCUCAACCUUCGAGGCCAGGGACUAGCCGGCGAGAUAAGUCCAUCCUUGCUCUCCCUGCCGCACCUGGAGCAUCUUGAUCUCAGCUCCAACCGCCUCGUGGGCCCGGCUGGCAGUAUUCCCGAAUUUCUGGGUUCCAUGGGAAACCUGAGAUAUCUCGACCUAUCCGGAGCGCCGUAUUCUGGGGAAGCGCCGUUUUCUGGCCAAGUGCCUCCCCACCUUGGCAACCUCUCCAAGCUGCAACAUCUUGACCUCUCAAGCAAUAGAAAUGUGUCCUCCAACGAUCUUUCCUGGUUAACACGUCUGCCAUUCCUAAGGUUUCUCGGCCUGAAUUUCGUGGACCUGAGUAUGGCGGCUGAUUGGGCUCAUGCGGUGAACGCCCUUCCUUUGAGGUCCCUUCAUCUUGAAGAUUGCUCGCUCACAAGUGCGAACCAAUCACUCCCACACUCAAACCUUACCACGACUCUUGAGGUGCUCGACCUUGCUCUCAACAACUUUGACCAGCCAGUCGCGUCUUGUUGGUUCUGGAACCUAACAAGACUCAAGCGGCUCUACCUUGAAGUUAACAACGGCGCCCUGUAUGGUCCGCUUCCUGAUGCAUUGGGGGGUAUGGUACGCUUGCAAGAACUAUCCUUCGGAGAGAGUGGCAGCCACAUGAUGAGCAUGGGCUCGGCAGACUUGAAGAACCUAUGCAACUUGAAGUUCCUAGACCUUGACUUUUGUUUCUCAAAUGGAUUUGAAGCGGAGAGGCUCCCGCAAUGUUCCUCGGACAAAUUGCAGGAAUUGCACCUGAUGGGAAACCAAUUGACAGGAACUCUAGCGGAUUGGAUGGGACACCGCACCAGCUUAGUCAUUCUUGAUCUCAGUUCAAACAACAUUACUGGGCCUAUACCGGAAUCUAUAGGGCGGUUUACAGAUUUGAGGGUUCUAGACCUUUGGAACAACAACCUGACUGGACAUGUGCCACCUGCAAUCGGUACUCUCACUAAUUUGGCUAGCUUGGUUCUUGGUCAGAAUCACUUGGAUGGUCUGAUUACAGAAGGACACUUUCAUGGUCUAAAAAGCUUAGAGCAAAUAUAUUUAUCUGACAAUCAACUGGAGAUUGUGGUGGGUUCAGAAUGGGUUCCUCCCUUCAGACUGCAAGAGGCCAGUUUUGCAUCUUGCCAGAUAGGUCAUCUGUUUCCUGCAUGGCUUAAGUGGCAAGUGGGUCUUACUCGCCUUGACAUCUCAAGCACAGGAAUAACAGAUAGGUUUCCAGAUUGGUUCUCCAGUUCCUUCUCAAAGAUCACAUACUUGGAUAUCUCCAAUAACCGAAUAAGUGGUGCCUUGCCAAAAAAUAUGGGUAACAUGUCAUUGGUAUCACUAUAUUCUAGUUCGAACAAUAUAUCUGGUAGAAUACCUCAAUUGCCCAGAAAUCUAGAGAUAUUGGACAUAUCAAGAAACUCUUUAUCAGGACCCCUGCCAUCAGAUUUUGGGGCUCCAAAACUAAGUACAAUAAGUCUAUUCUCCAAUUACAUCACAGGUCAAAUUCCAGUGUUUGUAUGCGAACUGUACUUGUAUUCCUUGGAUUUAGCCAACAAUAUUCUCGAAGGAGAACUUCCUCAAUGUUUCAGCACAAAACACAUGACAUUUCUAUUGCUAAGUAACAAUAGUUUCUCUGGCAAUUUUCCACCGUUUCUAGAAAACUGCACAGCGCUAUCCUUUUUGGAUCUGGCAAGGAACAGAUUCUCUGGAACAUUGCCAAUGUGGAUUGGGAACUUGGGGAAACUACAGUUUCUACGGCUGAGCAACAACAUGUUCCACGGGCAUAUUCCGGAUAAUAUCACAAGUCUCAGCAAACUUUAUCAUUUGAAUCUGGCGGCCAAUGGGAUAUCAGGUUCCAUACCUCAUCAUCUAUCAAAUCUAACAAUGAUGACAACACCAUAUGUACACGUUCCUGGCACCGUCGUUGCAGAUUUCCAAAUUAUGGUUGGUGAUAUGCCAGUAGUCUUCAAGAGGCAAGAACUUAAAUACAGAGGUGUUGGUGUUUUGGAGAUAUUGAGCAUUGACUUCUCUUGCAACUAUUUAACCGGUAAAAUUCCAGAGGAAAUAACGUCUCUUGGUGGAUUGAUAAACCUGAACUUGUCAUGGAAUCAACUGAAUGGAGGGUUACCUAAGAAGAUUGGGGACAUGCAGACGUUGGAGUCACUUGACUUCUCGAACAAUGAUAUUUCAGGAGAAAUUCCGUCAAGCUUGUCGAAUCUAACAUACUUGAGCAUUCUGGACCUGUCAUAUAAUCAUCUAGCAGGAAUAAUACCAUCAGGAGUUCAACUUGACACUCUUUACACGGAGUAUCCAUCCAUAUACAAUGGCAACCCUGGCCUUUGUGGUCCCAUCCUUCAUAAAAGUUGCUCAGUCAACAAUAAUGCACCACAGCCUGACCAUCAACAGAGUGGAAAAGUUUCGGAGUCGACAUUGUUCUUUUACUUUGGACUUGGGUCAGGGUUUAUGGCUGGCCUCUGGGUUGUGUUUUGUGCUCUGCUCUUCAAGAAAGCAUGGAGGAUUGCUUAUUUCUGCUUCUUUGACAAGGUGCAUGACAAAGCCUAUGUGUUCAUAGUUGUCACUUGGGGCAGGUUUGCCAGGAAAAGGUAA